AUGAGUCGCUCGGAACGACCUGGUAAACGGUUGAAAUGCUUUGCAUCAGUAGAGAUGUUUGAUAUGAGCGAAAUUCUUCAGAAAAUCCUUACUAAAUAUUCACCUAAUGAUGAACGCAAGUCGGCUGUAUGUGGGAAAAGUUUGUCAACGAUGGAUAAGAGAGCCCUUUUUGAUCUUAAAGUAUUUGUUAAAAAGUAUUUGAAAAGGAAUAAAAAGACAGUGGAGGUUAAUGAAGAGCUUUCCAAAGACCUUUAUGAUGGAGUUAACUUUAAUAUUUUGAGGUCAUCCCUGAAAAUAAGUCAGUUUUACGAAACGAAGCUGCUAAGAUCUCAAGAUUUUAUGGAAAAACACAUAUCUGCAGUCUGCGGGGCGUGUGUGAGGAGAGUGGUUUCUGUAUCCUCUGACGACAAUCCUGUGAACGAAGUCACAAACCUUCCCUCGUUCUCAGCGAGGGAUCAUGAAGUGGCAUUUCUUAAGAGAGAACCAAUCCAUACGGACUUAUACUGCCGAUACUGUGGAUCCGCACUCAGCAGCGGGAGUUCGGCUUGUGAGGCGUGCAGACGUUUUCUAAAUGAAGUGUGUUCUGGCCUCGAUCGUCUUGAAGAUGCUGUUUGUAUUCGAAUUCCGACCUGUCGCGUUUCCGAUCCUUUGCCACAGAAUCAUACGGGCCCUCAGUCAAUUCCUUCAACUUGGUGCAUGGCUUGCAAGAUUUUUCACUACGUUAGUUUAGGGUUUAGGCCAAAUAUAAGUCAGAAACGUAACCCAAACAACGGCGUUAUUCUACAAUAUCUUACAAGCACUCGCCUUAGUCAACCCAGUCUCACAUGUUGGGCUCGCUGUAGAAGAUGUAUUGAAUAUUUUGCUCGUAAAUUAAGUUCACCGUGUGCUGUUCAAGACUGUGGCGAAGGCGAUGCUGCAGAGUUGGCGGGCUUCCUCGAUCGGCUGUGGUGUCGUGUCCUUCUUGGAACUGAAUUUCCGAAGUUAAAUAAAGUUACAUUUCUGCCAAAGGCGGGUGAUGGAGAAAAUGAGGUGCAUCUUGGUGAUUCACUACGAAGUCCUCAUACAUCGCCGGUGCUUCACGAGAGUGAGGUCCCCGAAAAGCAGUCCUGUAGUCUUUGUUCCAAGGCACAUUCCGAUGUGUUUGUAAUCACGCUGGGUCCGGGUAGCACCCUUAAGAAGCCGGAGGUGAGAGCCUGUGGUGCCUGUGUUCUGAGGUGUCGUACCGCGGCAAUUCGAGUGGCUGAGCUGUUCCCUGACACUGGGUGCGAUGCAUUGUUCAAAUGGUAUAGCACGUUCACUGAAGGCCUUUCCACCUCACGUCUAUGCGAGUGUUCCACUGUUAAUACUAAAUGCGAUUUUUGUUAUCUUGCGGAGUGCAUAAUGUUGUUUUGCGUUCAAUUGAAGUCGAAAAUAUUUUCGGGAAACAAUACGAAUGAUGAGCAGAUGGGAGGUAAAUUACUAGCCCUCGGUUCUCCUCUCUUUUUUGCCUGUUGUCGACCGCUUCCCGAACGUAUGUCAAAAGAUGUGGAACUUUACUCGAGAUUCAUCAAAGAAGGUUCGGAAGGAACUAAAGGGGCAUUUUGCGUAUUAUGCCAUUCAACAUUGCCUACUCUUUUUCGGCUGGCGAACAAUACAGUCGUUUGCCAGGACUGUGUUCUCGGUUACAAGGCAUUGCUUGCUCUGCUGUCGAAAGGGAAAAAGAAGUCAUCAUCAGACUUGGCCUUGUUGACGAGAUUUAUGGGUCUACCCUGUCACCCUAACAUCAAUCACACGGCCGGACAAGUUCCUUUGUGGGCAGUCUGUUUACCUUGUCACGCACGCAGAUGCCUACGGUUACUGCAUCCCCUUGAACCCUGUCUCGAUCUGCCUCAGUGGCUCAAACAUCGAGCUCGCCUCGUAUUUUACCAUCCUUCUCCCAACAAGGGUGUUGGUCUCUGUGAUCUCGAUCCAACAAUUUCGGUUUUGAAGAAAAGGCGCAAAGGAUUGAAGUACUACUACGUCACAAAGGCUUCUUUGAAUGUGGGAAAAUUGUUGGAAAUGGUGGAAAUGCUUCCGGUUCCGGAUGCGCUGGUUUUCCCUGAUCCUGAUGAUGAUGAGAAUUCCUUUAUCAAUAGUAGCACCUCUUCUUGUGCCUCGUCCUCUAUUCGUGUUUUGUCCGAGCUAGAUUCUGACCAGGAACAAAUUCAGUCGCUGUUCGAUACUCAUCUCAUCCCGUUUCAGGCUUCGAAACCGCUAGCGACAGAAAAGCAUUCAGCAGAGGCUGAAACUUUGCCUAACACGUUGCAGACUUCUCUUCGAGAUCGUCGAAGCCGUCGACUCACAGCAAAGUAUGCAGAGGCACUGGAGGAGCAGAUGCGACGGCGUCGGCAGAGAGAAAAUGACACCAGUACUAUGGGUUUUUCUACUGUAACUGCUUCAAUGGGGGAAGAAGAUGAAGAAAAUCUAAAUCGCUUAGAAGAGAAGCGACCUCAGGUGGAACGAGAUCCACAACUUGUCAAAUCACUCAAGAGAUCAAGGCCGGGUAGUUCACCAGACAACAUUGUCGAAGGUAAACGGAAGCCAAAAGCCAACCUGAGACUGCAGACUGAUUAUGCAACGUUAGGUCCGCAGGGAAAAUGGGAGAGUAGGAGCAGAGUUCAUUCGCAGUUGGAAGACCCUCUGAGCGACAUUUCAUCGUCCUCAAUCUCUGUAAGUGGAUCUAACCGCCGGCAACGACGACGCCCUCAACCGACUGCACAACGGAAUCGGGGGGGCCCGCGUGUUAAAGCGGUUGAUCGAAAUACUCCUUUGGGCAUUCAGUGCAGUAAUCCUAUGUUGGUCAUGAAGCAUGCAGCCAAACUGGCGGCUGUUGGAGCCCAAACUCAGGACGGCACUAGUCCUCUUAUGGCGGCCUCCGCAGCCACUGCCGAGGCUUAUUUCUCCGAUGGCAGCUCUGCAGACGGCAACAAUCGUUUAAGGCCUGAUUGUGGGAAUUGUGCCGCCUGUAGAGGCAUGGUCGCACCUUGUGGACGAUGCCACAGUUGCCGUUUACUAACGUUUGCAGCUAUGGUUUUCUUCCCAAAGGUCAAAGUUCCAGCGAAUUUCUCGACUCGCUCUUAUCAACAAGCUCAGAAAGCCAUGAAACACGCACCUCCACCUCCUGGACCAGCACCUCAGCCUUCGCUCCUCGAGACUGUUCCCGGUCUGCAGGAACAGCUCAUGAACGGCUCUUCAUCUAGUAGUCGAACAAGACCGACCCAGUCUUUUCACGGUCCACUGCCGCCGGCCUCAAUGGACUCUUUGUCUUCGGCAAUACUUCGCACAGAGUCUACUGCUUCGGCAUCUACCAACAAGCUCGAGGUUUUUGCUGACGCUCCCAUACGCUCACUUCGUGGUGGCGAUCUCGGUAUGCAUUUUGCACCUAAAGACUCCUACAAUGAAGAGCCUUCAAGUCACGCGAUAGCGCCUGUUGAAGGCGAGGUUAUUGACGGGGACAUUGCCUAUCGCGGUGGCUUUCCUGUUGUCACUUCUUCGGUGUCGGCCCCACUGAAGGCGAUUUGCUACUUGUGUGGUUCUGCUGGCGUUUAUUUGCGAACCUGUGUAUCGUGCGCGGAGCCAUUUCACUCCUUCUGCGAUAGGCAUCAGUCACUUUCAAAGGACAAGAAUUCUUUCCUCUGCUGCAACUGUAUUAAUUGUGACGUUUGCGGCCAAAAUGCUGUGGAACUUCGUUGUUCAGAAUGCUUAUGUGGCUUUCAUCCAGGCUGUCUACCGUACUAUGCCCCUGCUCAGGUCAAAGUGAAGGGAAAGUGGGUGUGUCCAAACUGUACAAAGUGUGUACACUGUUUGGUGAGCCCGAGAGAUCGAGAGAUAGCCAUGUGCCGCAUGGGCAACGAAGACGCGGACAUCGUACCGUGGUCGCGUGAUCCAGCUAAGUGCGCGGCGUGUGCGGUUGCAGAGGCGAAGCGUCACGUCUGUCCGCAGUGCAACCGAACCUACCUCGAGGAAACUGUGGAAAUGAUCGAGUGCGACUCUUGCCAUCGCUGGCUACAUAGGGCCUGUGCGAAGCUCAGCUAUGAUCAAUAUGAAUUAAUUGCGAGGGCUCCUCCAAAUCAGCUACGUUCCUUCACCGUCUACUGUUCUUCUUGCAAACAAAGUCUUGCUACCCAUUCCGCCAAAGCUCGCCAAGUCGACGACGACGAUAAACUUCGUCAUAUUACCAGAGAAUCCCUCACAAAGCGUAUGAACGCUCUCAUUGAGAGUUGCAAGGCCUCUUAUGAACCAACUCCAGGUCCAUCUACGCACCCCUCAUCUGCGUCACCUGGACCACCUGAUCCCAAAAGUGUUGACCAUAAUGUAAUGUCGUCUUGGGACUGCGCCGGUGCUGAUCCUCACCUUCCCCAAGUAGACGGUCUUAAUGACUCUCCCACUGAGAGUACAUUAAGUUCGUGUGCACCGACUCUCUCCGCAGGCUCCGCUGCCUUUAACCCCAAGAGUCCCUCAAAAUCAAUUAGGAGGGGUACCCGUGGAGCUCCCCCAUCCUCAUGGCUAAUUCAUUCAGAAUUGCAGCCACCACCAAUGUACGCCGGGUGGCUAGUGGAGCGUUUGAAUACGAAACAUUGGAUAACUCCUAAAAAUCUGUCGUACCUGCUGCUGGCAAGACUGAUUGCCAAGAUUGACAGGACUUCAGUUGCCUCACAUGACUACCUUCAGCUCAGAAGACUUCUCUCCUGGCUUGCAAACUCCAUUGAGACCCUUUUUCCGUGGCUAGAGGCUUCUUGCACUACUAAAGAGGUUCGAGCUCUCCUUCGGCAAGGCCAGGGUUCCCUCACAUCUGUUGCAGAUUUUUUGUUCUCUGUCGCUGAACUGGAACUUUACGAAUUAGCUUGCCCAUAUGUCGUAGGCAUCAUUGGCAAGACACGCACACGUCUUGUCUUUCAAUCCUACCAACUAGGUGCACCUCGAACAUUGGGCUUCUAUCGGGAGUGCAUUGAACAGGUCCAUGAGCAUCUCGUCACUCAUCAUAGCAACUUCGAAAACUGCAGUCGUCGGUUUGAGGACGCACAGGAUGUUUUUAUUAAGCAGAGAGAGCUGAAUGCUCACUGCUGUGAUCCAAAAACUUUACUAGAAUCAGCUCCAGAGUCAUUCGGGGAACCUGAUGGAGAUAUUGCGAUUGCUAACUUCCAAAAGGAGCUGUUUUUCAAAUGGCAGCGUCUGCUCCAUCAUCCUAAUCGCAGGUCAAUACUGAAGUCACUAGAGGAAGAUGAUAUGGUUUACUACUUCGGUUUAAAACACAAUUGGCAAGCUCUGAUUGAGGAAUACGCCGAUCAGAUGGUUCCGCUGCCUCUACGGUCAGCUGUUGACCUCGAUGACAGCGACCCAGACGCUUCAGACAAUCACGAGUUCAAAGCACUUCCAAUGGAGACCAUUGGUAGAGAAGAAAAGCUGCUGUUUGACUCCUCCAGCGAGCCGAGGAGGUGUCUUCUGUGCGCACGAAACACGGAUAGUAGCAUUGAAGAUCGUUUAAUUUACAUCGGUUCCGACACGUGGAUUCAUGUAAACUGCGCUCUCUGGAGCAAGGAGGUUUUCGAGGAGGAUUCGGGUCAAUUGACUGGUCUUUCUGCUGCAUUGCGUCGUGGCGGGCGCACACGAUGCCUAGACUGCAAUAAUUUGGGUGCAACGGUAACAUGCUCAAACGCCGAGUCUUGUGGCGUCGUGGUGCACUUCUCCUGUGCCAUGCGUCGUCGAAGACCCAUUUCUAGCAGACCCAUUUUCACCGCUGACAGGUCCUUCUUCUGCUCACCUGAGUGUUAUGCCGAAGCAAAAAGGGUGCGUCUCAUUGAGGCCGUUCGCCAUUUGCGCCUCAAGAAGUUAAGGCGCCUCUACGUAAACGGGGAGGUGGGCGCGUGGGAGGAAGAGGAGGCUAUUAACAAUGAUUCUAGAGACGUGGCUUCUCUAGUCGCUGCCAAUGAGAUAACUAAGGAUGAGGUCGAAAACAUCAAGGUCCAAAUUGAUUGUGAUUUAGAGAGUCCGGAAUUGAGAGAAAUGCUUGUUUGUCGUCGCGUAUUUGUACCAUCCGACUGUUUCAUCGCUUCGAUGAGGGGUGACGGUUCCAGUGAUGGGAGUGAAGAGACAGACGUCGGUGACAGUGAUAAUGACGGCAACGGUGCCCUCCGCGCGGAGAACUGCCCACACCAGCCUGUUCUUGCUCUUGCCAUCUCACCCAAUACCCUUGAUUUUGCUUCUCACAAACUUCCCGCCUCUGCAUUCGUUGUCACUAUCGGUGCCCUGCGCAUCGAUAGAUUAGGCCACAUUGGUGAGGCCUCCGACUCUCUCUGUCGUCGGGGCGAUCGUGAGAAACCGGGGUAUCUAUGUCCCAUCGGAUAUCGAGCACGGCGCUUCUUUUGGAGUAGCACCAUUCCAAAUGCUCUUGAACCUUACACAUUAAGUGUGAGUCAGAUACAUGUACCACCAACUCCAAGGUCGCAGCUGAAUUUUGCCGAAAAACCCCACGCGUGCUACAAUAAUGAGACUCUCUUGCCACGGCACCAGAAAAAUGACCUCUCUGCUGCGAAUCAAAGCAAUAUUGACAAGUCUGUCACAACUUCAUCUGGAAGGAUCAUUCCCACCUUAUGCAGCUCGCGAAUUCUUACCUCCUCCGCUUUUGACCCACAUCCAAAUAAUCCAGUGGGGCUUCCCUCAAUUCGUUUCACUUACUCCCUUUCUUCCCAGGGCAAAUCUCUCAUCAUUCCUACAAAGUCAUCUUUUUCUUCGCCGAAAUUUGCUAAUACCGUUCCUUCUCAAAAAGCCUCCGCUCCGCGCAUUGUCAGCGCAAUUUCCGUUCCGAAGUUAACAACACAGUCGCGUCUUACUGGUUCUACUUCAAGACCCCUUCCUGUGUAUUCUAUCUCUUCGGCCGUCAAGAGCGGUGUGGUUACCCAAGUCACUCCAGUGCGGUCAUCAUCUAUUCGAAUAAUUGAAAAAAGAACUUCUCAAGCCGAUAUAAAUCAACCAAUCGCUGGUGAGAGCAAGCGGCCGGUUGUUCUACGUGUGUCGGGUGGACCAAUGCUUGUGGGCUCUAAAACUCCACAUCUCUCGCACCAUUCCGUGGUCGUUCGUCAACCGGAACGUCCGGCUACUGCGUCACUUGCUGCUCCCCCUAUCAUCCCUCUCACACAAACUGUCCGCAUGACUAGGCUUGCGGUGCCAUCCUCCACUCCUGUUGUCGCUCGAAUCUUACCUCCGAUCUCUGGUGAAACUUCUCAAACUCCUACAUCCAAGCUGAGCGAUGCACAGCUUGCCUCACAACUGGAUGGCAUUUUUAAUAAUAUUCGACCACCUGGGAAGCCGACAACUUCCCGACCUUCAAUAGAUAUUUCGCAAUCCGAAUCAGAAGUCCCAUCUUCCCCUCACCAAGACAUACUUCGGGUACCCCAGAUUAGUCAACUCGAUGGUAUAAACGAUAUGAUUGAUUUCGGCACUUACCCAUCACGUGGAAAUAAUGUCGCCAUUGAUGGGAGAUCAAAGAGGAGGUGGAUGGUCGAGCGGGAAAAUCGUCUUGCACUCAACUUAAGCGUACUUAAAGCCAGACAGGCGGUCAACGAUCGCUUUUAUCAGAAGGAGGCAGCCCUUUAUGUUAAGUCGUUUCGGCUUCAGUUCUCCACCAGUCUGAUAGAUUCAUUUCUACCCAGUCCAUCGUCCGCUUGGCGUGAGGUCGUCAAUGCAGUGCUUAAAUUGCGGAAGGAAAAUGCCAUCCCUCACCCAAUUUCUCAACGACCAAACGGAUGGGCACAAUUUGGAUUAAGUCAUCGGCACGUUAUUUUUCUUUUGGAACAACUUCCUGGUGCCCACGCUUGCUUCCGGUAUCGAUUUCGAUACCACCGAUAUCGGAUUAAUCAAAUUCGGGAAAGAUACAAACCACCCGUCCCAGUUCACGAGGGUGCAGCCCGCUUGAUGGCCUACUCGAAGUUGAAGGCUGUGACGGUUCGGAAACAGGCACGUGAUCCUCUUGACUUCCUCUUGUGUGAGGCGAAUCGAGCGCCACAAUCUUGUUUGCCCCUCGAUUGGCCCUCAGAGACCGCAGAGGGGCCUGAACGCACCACCGCUCCCUCCUCGUCAUGUAUCGACGCUGCUCGCCGGGCCGCCUCUAUUGUUGCAACCUCUCUAAACCUCUCACCACGCUUUCACGCGCGGACUGUCGAGGCGGCUGUUGCUGAGGCCACAGCAGACAUCGUGGAGGAGGCGGAAGAUGCUGCCGUUGCUGCUGCUGGUCGGUCUCGCAAUCAACUCUCCCUAACAUACCAGCUACGAAAUCUGGUGUCGAACCGUGAGGCUCGUUUGAGGCGUGUGGCGGUGUACCCAUCGCGGAUUCAUAAACGUGGUCUCUUCGCUCUGUGUUCCUUCCGCCCCGAGGAACUGAUUUGCGAAUACACUGGCGAGCUGAUCCGCAACAUCAUUUGCGAGCGUCGAGAAGCUGAAUACCAGGCUAGCGGUGUUGACUGCUACUUCUUCCGCAUUGAUAACGAUUGGGUCAUUGACGCCACAUACGCCGGCAAUUACGCUCGAUUCAUCAACCAUUCCUGUCAGCCAAAUUGCGACGCCAAGACCAUAACUAUGGGGGACUCCAGCCACAUUGUCAUCAUUGCCAAACGGAGAAUUCUUCCUGGCGAAGAACUCACCUAUGACUAUCGGUUUCCAAAGGAAACGGAAAAGUUGUUGUGCAAUUCAAUGAAAGAUCCUAAACCAACAGGCGUACCACAGCCGUACGACAUGUUGGUUCAUCCGAUGAAGAGGAAGAAGACGCGAACGGUGUUCUCAAGAAGUCAAGUUCUUCAGCUGGAGGCAACCUUUGAGACGAAGCGGUAUCUCUCCAGCGUAGAGCGCGUCUCACUGGCUCAGACCCUCCACCUGACUGAGACACAGGUGAAGAUUUGGUUCCAGAAUAGGCGCAACAAGUGGAAGCGCCAAAUUGCCUCUAGAGGGCAUUGGAGCCUCCAGGCCUCCUCUUUUCCAAUCGUGAAUCCUCCACUUCAUUCAUUCAACUACUCUUCACCCCAUGACAUUUCUCAUGAAAGCCUUUCCUUUUCCUGA